AUUGAUCAAGAUAACAUCGGAACCUCCACUUUGAUACUGAAAUAUGGGCAUGAAUGACAUCUGAGGCAUUUUGAGAGCAGAGUCACAACUCGUCAAUCCAGUUUUUUGAAACGAGGAACAACAGUUUACUUUCACACAAUCAUGGAAGAACUUCGUUCCGAAAUUGUGUCUGCUUUUCAAAUUAUUGAAUCGAAACAAACAGACCGGGUCCUUUGUGGUGUUAAGAGAGUUUCCAUAAGCCCUCAGAACAAGGCCAAUCUGAGCAAAAAUGGCCGCCAGAUUGAGAAACCGGAACCACUUGCACGACCCAGUGAGGCCUUGGCCAAGAAGAUUGCUGAACAUUGGGAAAAUUUGGCAUGGCAAGACUUUGGCCUUGGUCAAGAGGCCUCAAAAACGGUUUUGAUCGGAAAGACCGAAGAUGCUCCCCUUCUUGGAAGCUCCCAGGAGUGCGAAGUGGUACUAUUACAUGUUCCAAAAGGAUCUGGGAUAUCGCAAUUUGCUGAAGAGGCUAAUUCGUGGUACCAUUUUCUCGUCGUUGGUCCGGAUGCUCAAAUUGGUUUCAUUCAAGAGAAAACACGACCAAUCAAGCUUGGCGAAUCAAUUCCUUAUUUACCAGCAGCACCAAAAGUGAUAAAGGCUGGUAACGAACUUCCACUGGUGUCCUUGGUCUUGCGCUUUGGCCUUUUGGACGGUCAGCAAUGGCUAACGGAUUUGAAAGCGGGAAGCAACUACGCUGACACCAUUAUGAAAAUCCCAAACAUCCACGAGUACUACUUGGAAUUUGUUUCCGACUAUGAAAAAGUCAUGCGUGCUUGGGGAUAUUGUAUGCCGGAGGCUACGGUAGAGUUCAUCAUGGAUCAUGCCCAUCUCGGUUCAGACGUGAAGAAUGUCCAAGUCUUAGAUUUGGGUUGUGGUGAUGGAUUGGUUGGUUUGAACCUGAAGAAAAAGGGCUUCUUGACCUUGACUGGAGCGGACUUUUCCGAAAACAUGUUGGCCAAGGCCAAACUUCGAGAAUGCUACAGCGAACUAAAGCAGGUGAAUCUGCUUCAGGAUCUGCCAUUCCAACCAAACUCGUUUGAUCUAGUGGUAUCCGUGGCUGUAACCACAUACUUAAAGCCGGAAGUGUUACGUCUUUGGCUGAAAGUGGCCAAGAAAGGUGGGCAGAUUGUGUUUUCGCACAAAACCUCAAUUUGGGACCAGUGGGAAGUUGAACAAGAUGCUAUGGAGAAGGAAGGUUUAUGGAAGAAGGUCUGGAUCAUCCCGGAGCCAAUGCCAUAUCUACCUUCCCUGAAAGAAGAUGGUCAAACCCCUUCCCCAGAGAUGGCCAAGGUUUACAUCUAUGAAAAACUGUAAAAUACAGAUGUCGGUGUCCAAAAUUUA